AUGCCGGAUUUGGCUAAGGCGAUGGAGAGGUCGAAGAAGGGGAUGAGGUGGCCGAACGCCAGCCAUGGGAGCAUCACGACCCGCACCACAUCAAAACAAAUCAUCCUCAUCCUCACUGCUAAACGACUCCAUCACCUCAUCAUCCUCAUCGUCCUCAUCACCCUCGGACACAAUCUCCAAAAUCCCAUCAUCCAAGUCCACGUCAUCAACCAAGAAAUCAACAUCUUCCUCGCCAUCAGCAAACUCACUCGCAAUAUCAUCAUCAUCGCUCAAAUCGUCCCCAUCCAUCUCCUCUUCCAAAAUUUCAUCUCCAUCCUCGUCAUCAUCAUCAUCCUCCUCGUCACCCUCCUCCUCAUCAUCUUCCUCGCUCUCUGCGUCAUCUUGGUCCGAAUCAUCAUCGGUCGGCUUCCUCCGGCCAAUCUCAUAAACCCGAGCGGAAGAGUACAUCUCAUCCUGAUCGUCCAUGGUGACGAGUCCCACAAAGGAGUCGGUGGGCUCGGUGGCAAAAUCGAGCACACAGCGGUCAACUGGGAUGGUGGCGAUGUCGGAAUAGUUGACCGAGUCAACCGUGCGGAAGGCAGAAAAGAGAGGGUGCUUCACACGCCGGCCGUUGAAGGCCGAGGUCACGUCCUCAAGGUUCCGCCUCAGGAUGGCGUAGAUAACGUCUCCCCCAGCAUUGAACGUGAUGGUAGUCUGGUCCAGUGA